UGUGAAUGCUUCGCGAUCGCUUGAAAUCUCAGAACGCUCAUGGCCGCGGUCAAGGUCAUAAAUCACACUCCUUUCGUUCCCCAAUCAACGAGUCCGCCACCCCCGGUGAAGAAGAAAAGUAAAAAGAGCAAAACGAAAGAGAAGGAUAAAGUUAAGGAAGGCGUGCAGAGGAUGAAGAAGCAGGGAGAGCAAGAGAGGGGGAAUGCGAAUGAACAACCCGAAAGCGAGAUGCCACAACUAGAGCCACUGAAACCUCUAACAUGGACAUCCCUGACUGAUUCGAACUCCAAUUCACAUCCACCAAUAUUCACGAAGGACGGGAGCCACUUUUUUUCUAUCGUCGGGGAAAGAAUCAAGAUACAUUCUACAUCAUCUGGCAAGGUCGUUUCUACAUUACCAAGGCCACAGGAUGAUGGUCACCAGGAUAUCAUCACAUCUGCCAUACUCAGUGCACAUAAUUCAUUUCAGCUCAUCACCGCAUCUCUAGAUGGCACUAUCAAAGUCUGGGAUUUUCUCGAGGGCAUUUUGUUGCACACGAUCAAUCUCGAACAGCCUAUCCAUCACGUGUGCGGGCAUGAAAAGAUAAAAGAUUACGUUUUUGUCGCCACUGCAAAGACGAAGAAGAAGGGAAGCAGUGAUGGUGAUGAACAGCCAAAACCAAACCGGUCUGCAAAGGCUCCUUCCGAAGAGAGCUGCAUCAUCUUGCGUGUGUCACUCAAGCCUCAAAAUCCUGCUUCAGGCGCAAAAUUGCACAAGUCAUCUCAGAUCAUACCAGUUGGCAAGACCAGGUAUACGGCUGGACUUGCUGUAUCUGCAAGCGGUGAAUGGCUGAUUGCGGUCGCUGGUCACAAGGCCUACGUUGCACAAGUGUCUGCACUGAAGUCUGGAUUUACAAAAUACGUUUCACCAGAUCCAUUGACUUGUUUGGCAGUCCAUCCAUUAGAGGAUUAUUUUGCGACGGGUGACGCAAAAGGUGUCGUACGGUUAUGGUACUGCUUGAAUCAGGGCAGGCCAGCAGUUGCUAAUGUAGAAAAGCGAUCGCAAACGUCUGAGCUUCAUUGGCAUGCCCAUGCAGUUUCAUCUGUUGCGUUCACGAGGAAUGGGGCAUAUUUGUUAUCUGGUGGUGAAGAAGCUGUUCUUGUCAUAUGGCAGCUGUACUCUGGAAAGAAAGAGUUCGUGCCCCGAGUUGGCUCCCCGAUCAAAAGUGUUGUGGUGUCGCGCAGUUCUACUGCUGAGGAAGAAUAUCUUCUUGGGCUGGCGGAUGCAAGUUUUGCAUUCGUCAGUUCUGCCACACUCAAGCUAUCGCGAGUUUUUUCUCGCAUAAAACUAGACUCCGUCACGUCAAGUGCCUGGGCAUCCUCAUCCUCUGCCACACCACUAGCAGUUCACUCGUUAUCAUCGACACUCGUUCUCCCCUCUUCCCAUCCUUCUUCACUACAAACCUAUUCUCCUUCGUCAUCCAUGCUCGUCGCAGAGCUGGAGGUGUCUCCUUCGAAUCGAGUGUCAAGGCAAGAAGAAAAGAUGUUAGAGCCCUCACGAGUAGAACGCGUGGUGAUCUCGCCAUCAGGAGAGUGGAUGGCGACUAUCGACCGGCGGGAAGGAAAUGAUAUAUGGUGGUGGGACAAGAAGUCCGCUUUUUGGAUAUUGAAUACCAGAGUAGACCGGCCACAUGGCUUGAACAAGGUCACAUCCAUAUCUUUUAGUCCUUCGGAUGACAUCCAGCUGGUGACCACUGGUGAGGAUAGAAACGUCAAAACUUGGAGAAUACGGAGUACGAAGGAUAAGAAGGGCAAUGUAGAAGUUUCCUGGACCUCAAGAUCGUCUUUCGGUUUCCGUCUGGAGAUGCCCAGAGACUCUGCUUGGUCUCCGGAUGGAUCUCUUCUGGCCGUUGCGCUCGACGCCUUCUUGUGUUCAGAAUGCCCAAAAAUCUCGUCCAUACACUUCAUUGGGCAUCAUGGCCAGUAUAUCGCGGUUCUUGGCGGCCCCAAUCUUGCUGUCUGUGAUAUUAUUAAUCGCUCUGUACGUUGGCAUCGUCGACACAACCACCCUUAUGUCAAUCUUGUACCUCAUCCUUAUCAAGAUACCUUCGCAACGAUUCAUCAUUCAUCAUCAGACACGACUAAUGGGCUCAUGGUCUACUCCAUCUCGUCGUCGACUCCCCUGCUUUCACAAACGUUACCGUUCGGGAUACGGAAUUUAGUUUGGUACCCCGCUCCAAGUCGCUUCGCUCGCAGCCGGAUGUUUUCCCUUGUAGGAAUUACGCACACUUUCGGUGUCGUGCUUCUAGGGCACGACAUCAACAUAGCCGAUGAGGCAAGUUCGUCAACGAAGGCGCUCCAGAAAGGGCUGGCGGUUCCUAAGCGGUCUCUCUUCGAAGAGAUGUUUGGUGUACCAGCUCUUACCGACGUCUCUCACAAUCCCGUCUCAUCCACAAGCGAUACCUCCCUUCCCUGGAAAAGCAGUGAGACAGGAAGUGUCUUUGAUGCCCCUGCUUACCUCAUGCCGCCGAUGGAAAGUCUGUUCGAGCCGUUGAUCAACGGCUUCCUCAAGCUGCGGCUGAAGGAAAACGUGGACAAAGAGCAUCAGAGUGGCAUCCAGGGCGUUGCUGAUGAUAUGACCGCUGAAGCUAUGGAGACCGAAGAGCCCGCUUUUAUAGAGAUGGGCAGAGUAUCGAAUGAUGACAUCCUUGACACAUUUAUACCAUUCUUCAAGGACAUCACAGGUCUACCUGAUUAUCCGUUCCAUUCCGACACCCGUCCGGUCGCAUUGACACUCCCGACUACUCCAUCUUCCCAUCAUGCGAAACCUGCACCCCGAAUAGUUGCCUCCCAAAAGCCGAAACCCUAAUGCAUCCUCCAAAAAGCAAGCUUCUACGCCGUCCGUCCCCGCCAAAACUGGCAAAAAAAGAAGUAGACAUUCUUUAGCUUGAAUAUAAAACAUCUAUUAUUUGGCACAAGGUGUAAUUCAUCCUGCCGCGUGGAUUUCUCAUUGAGAUUGUUGUUUCAGCCCAUCACAUUUUAUUUUUAAGCCGUUGUUGCAUUUUAACGCUCCUUCGCAUCGCCAGUACCCUCACGCUUUGCAUGUUGCCGAUGUAGCCAAGUUUCCAUACCAGUUGUCGAUAUAGAGGAUGUUGUGUUGUGUGUCAUUUCAUGCUCGUCAUAAAAAUUAAAGCCUUCUCAAC